AUGGCUGCAGAACGACCUAAAUUGACGGAGCUUACUGAUUGGUCCAAUAUUCAUGUGAUCAGUGAGAAUGUGGAGACACCUGGGAGUGAAAGUAUUGGGCAACAGUCAUCUGUCAGUGCAUAUUCUGUGGGAAGUCGCUGUCAGUUCCUCAAGGGCAAAACGGAAAAAGAUGCUUACGUGGAGGCAAGGAUACAGACGAUGACUGAGGAUAACAAACGUGACAAAGAUCCAGACAGCCAAGAGUGCGGACUUGGACAAUGCAGACCGUCCUGUCUUCAGUACUUUGCCAACAUCAAGUCAUUUGUGGUCUGUAUGAGUUUGUUACUUGCUACCUCAGGAACCAUGUCAACAGGAUAUUUCAACAGCGUCAUCACAACAAUUGAAAAGCGAUUUGAAAUUGGAAGUUCUGUGUCGGGCCUUAUAGCAGCUUCAUAUGAGUUUGGGUCGCUUGUGACGGUCAUCUUCAUCAGCUACCUAGGUGGGCGUCGCCACAUUCCACGGUGGAUUGGUUAUGGAAUUAUAUUUAUGGGGUUUGGGGCACUGUUGAUUGUGCUGCCACAUGUCCUGGCAGAGAAGUAUACCGUUCACCAAGGUAUAAUGUCAAAUGAGACGGAAGAAAAUAUCUGCAAGGCUGAUGACAAGAGUGGGCCAUUCGGGGACAAGUGUAUUAGUGAGGGUUCUGGAAACGUGGGCAAUGUUCUUAUCCUUAUCUUUGCCCAGGUGCUCAUUGGGACAGGUGGAACGCCCAUUCUCACACUUGGCACAACCUAUGUAGACGACCAUGUGUCGAAGGAUAAGGCACCAGUAUACUUAGCUUUUAUCUAUGCCUCUGGCGUGUUAGGUCCCGUCCUUGGAUAUGCCCUGGGGGCCCUGUUGUUGCAGUAUUACGUCGAUAUGUUUAUCUAUGAAGUGGAUAUCGUACCUGGGGAUCCACAGUGGAUCGGAGCUUGGUGGGGAGGGUUCAUAAUCUGUGGAGGCAUAUUCUUUACAUUAUCAAUUCCGUUUAUGGCCUUUCCUAAAGUCCUCGUGAAGGAGAAACGCAAACUGCUGGAACUGAAAGCCAAAGAAGAUCUGCUGAGUCAAGAUGAUCUUCAGUCUCGACACAGUGAUGACUAUGGCAAAACCAUCAAAGACAUUCCACGCUCCAUCCUUAAUUUAUUGACCAACAAGAUCUACCUAAUCACAUGUCUCGGGAUCUGCUGCGAGAUAUCCAUUGUCAGCGGAUUUGUUGUCUUUCUGCCCAAAUACCUGGAAACUCAGUUUGGAACGUCCAAGUCUGUUGCUAAUCUGUUUACAGGUGGUAUUGGUAUACCCGGAGCAGUGGUUGGUAUUUUAGUCGGCGGCUUUAUACUCAAGCGUUUCCAGCUACGACCAAAAGGUGCAGUCCAGCUCGCACUUGUGUUAGAUAUCCUGGCUUUUAUAGGAUUCAUAUCGUUUUUCAUCCUCGGCUGUGAAAACCUUAAGAUAGCUGGCGCCACCUAUCCUUAUAGUGCUUACUACAAUAGUUCUGAGAUAGAGCAGAUAAACGUGGAGACCAAUCUGACAUCAUCUUGUAACAUGGACUGUGCUUGUUCUAACAACGACCUUGAACCAAUCUGUGGGAUCAAUGGUAUCACCUAUUUCUCUCCGUGUCACGCUGGCUGUACUCGCUUCUACAGCUACAUCACCCCACAGGAAAAACUCAUGAAUUUUAGUGGCUGUUCCUGUAUCAUGGACAAUGUCAGUAUAUCCCCUGAGGUCAUUAUGUCCCCAGUGGCGACUAAAGGUCCCUGCAAGUCAACCUGUCAGAACCUGUUCCCGUUCCUGAUCCUCCUGGUGGGGGUCACCUUCACUGUGGCUGGUACACAGAUGCCCCUCCUCAUGGUUACUCUCAGGUCGGUCCACGAAGAGGAGAGAUGUUUUGCGCUUGGCAUGCAGUUUGUGAUACUUAGGUUGUUUGCCUACAUCCCCUCACCAAUCAUGUUUGGUAAUACAAUAGACACAGCCUGCCUGUUGUGGAAGGAAAGGUGCGGGCACCAUGGCUCCUGUCUCGUCUAUGAUAUCGUCCAGUUUAGAUACAAAUAUGUUGGCAUAUCAGCUGGUCUGAAACUGCUUGGUGCUACAUUGUUUCUCAUUGUAUGGUUUCUCAUAAAGAAACGAAAUGAACAGGAUAUGCAAAAUACUCUGUCGGUCGGUGAAAUCAUGACUUCUGUCAAUUCCAUAAACAAGAUGGAUAUGGAUUACGACCAGCGAACAAAACAUCGUCGAACGUCCAGUCAAAGUAGUCAUGGCAAUGAUCAAAGAUUGACAUCCAGCCAGAAGUGGAAUAGUCGCGAUGAUGACCAUCGAGCUUGGCACCAGCGUACUCACAGCCAGACGUCCAGUUGUCAUGACAACAGCCUGCCAAUACACACACAGAUCGUAGUGGACCACUAUAGCAAUGUGUACACACACGACCACAAUCACUAUAGCGACACAGACUCGGACACUCCAGAGACAAGCUUCUCAUUAACCAGGCCAAUGGAGUCUGCUGUAUGA